AUGGCAGCAGCAGUCGCCUCGAACGGCGACGUGGCCCAGCUCACAAAAGACAUGCAAAAAGUGGCGAUCGACUACGACAACCUCAACCCGCUCAGCCCCGAGGUCAUUGCCAAGCAGGCGACGAUCAACAUCGGCACCAUCGGCCACGUAGCCCACGGUAAAUCCACCGUCGUAAAGGCCAUCUCGGGUGUGCAGACCGUUCGAUUCAAGAACGAGCUGGUGCGCAACAUUACCAUCAAGCUCGGUUACGCCAAUGCCAAGAUCUACAAGUGCGAGCGCGACGAGUGCCCGCGGCCACAGUGCUACAAGUCGUAUCCGUCGGACAAGGAGGCGCACCCGGAGUGCGAGGUGUCGGGUUGUGGGGGGAAGAUGAAGCUUCUGCGUCACGUUUCGUUCGUCGAUUGCCCGGGACACGACAUUCUCAUGGCGACCAUGUUGAACGGUGCUGCGGUGAUGGACGCCGCGCUGUUGCUGAUUGCGGGCAACGAAUCGUGUCCUCAACCGCAGACCUCGGAGCAUUUGGCUGCUGUCGAGAUCAUGAAGCUCCAGCACAUCAUCAUUCUGCAAAACAAGGUCGACUUGAUUCGCGAACAGGCGGCAGAGGAACACUGGAAGUCGAUCAUCAACUUUGUCAAGGGUACCGUCGCCGAUGGCGCGCCCAUCGUCCCCAUCUCCGCCCAGCUCAAGUACAACAUCGAUGCGGUGAACGAGUACAUUGUCAAGCGCGUCCCCGUGCCCGUGCGCGAUUUCACCUCGCCACCACGCCUCAUCGUCAUCCGUUCGUUCGACGUCAACAAGCCGGGUGCCGAAGUGGACGAGCUGCGCGGUGGUGUUGCUGGAGGCUCGAUCCUGUCCGGUGUGCUCAAGAUCGGACAGGAGAUCGAGGUUCGCCCGGGUAUCGUGACCAAGGACAACGAGGGUAAGAUCCACUGCAAGCCCAUCUUCUCCCGUGUCGAAUCGCUGCUCGCCGAGCACAACGAUCUCGACUUUGCCGUCCCCGGUGGUCUCAUCGGUGUCGGCACCAAGAUCGACCCCACCCUCUGCCGUGCCGAUCGUCUCGUCGGCCAGGUCCUCGGCGCAGUCGGUCAACUGCCCGCUAUCUACACCGAGCUCGAGAUCAACUACUUCCUCCUCCGUCGCCUCCUCGGCGUCAAGAGCGACGACAAGAAGCAGACCAAAGUCCAAAAACUCGCCAAGAACGAGGUGCUCAUGGUCAACAUCGGUUCCACCUCCACCGGUGGACGCGUGAUGAGCGUCAAAGCGGAUCUGGCCAAGAUCUUUUUGACCAGCCCAGCCUGUACCGAGGUGGGCGAGAAGAUCGCCUUGAGCAGGAGGAUCGACAAGCACUGGCGUCUGGUCGGUUGGGGUACCGUUAGGAGGGGGACUACGUUGGAGCCUGAGAGCAACUAG